UGUUUCCUGAAAAUGCUCUUUUAUAAGAAUGCGAACCGCCAAUAAGCUCAAAGAAGAAGAAGAUGUUUCCUGAGGUUCCGCAAAUCCAUCGCAACCACUCCUGAAGAGUAAAACCCCGCGAAAAUAAAUGUCUUUCUCUGUCGCCAUAUACUUUAAGUCAUUGGUUCUCUAGUUUGUAUUUGUAUGGUUCGGCUGGGGAACUCGAGAAGUGGUGUUUUUAAGAGGAUUUGAGCCGCAUGUGUGAACCGCAAGUCAUUAACACGUGCCUUUGAGAAUUAAAGACAAAAACUACAGCGAUGACGUCCGAGAAACCGCCGUUGCCUGUGGACAGCCAGCGGGACGAGACUGAAGCGGGUUUAGGGGUCGAGCAGGAGGUCGCGCUGGAAGCGGCCCGAGAUGGCUGGGACAGUAAGGUGGAAUACUUCCUGGCUCAGGUGGGAUUCAGUGUGGGAUUGGGAAACGUUUGGAGGUUCCCGUACCUCUGCCACCAGAAUGGAGGAGGAGCGUUCAUCUUGCUGUAUGUGCUGUUGAUGGUGCUGGUUGGUGUGCCGUUGUUUUUUAUGGAGCUGGCGGCGGGUCAGAGCAUCAGACAGGGCAGCAUCGGCGUCUGGAGGCACAUUUCUCCGAAGCUUGUUGGCAUUGGCUACUCCAGCUGUGUGGUGUGUUUCUUUGUAGCUCUGUAUUAUAACGUCAUCAUUGGUUGGAGUAUUUUUUACUUGGGAAGUUCUUUCCAGUAUCCUCUACCAUGGGAAAACUGUCCGACAGAAGGGAACAGCACCGUGAAGGAAUGUGCCGCCAGCUCUCCCACAGCAUAUUUCUGGUACCGUAAAGCUCUGGAUAUCACCGAUUCCAUUGACGAAACCGGAGAGUUCAACCCCAUCAUCACUGGAUGUCUGCUGGCCGCUUGGGUCAUCGUUUGUCUGGCCAUGUACAAGGGCAUCAAAUCGACUGGCAAGGUGAUGUAUUUCUCCUCCGUGUUUCCGUACGUUGUGCUGCUGUGUUUCCUGAUCAGAGGCGUGACGCUGGACGGGGCGUCCGAGGGCAUUAAAUUCAUGUUUUACCCCAGGGGUGUGGAGGGAACUGGUUUAGCGUUCAUAGCGUUCACUGAAGCCAUGACGCUGUUUCCUGGGAGUCCGUUCUGGUCGGCGCUGUUCUUCCUCAUGCUGCUCAGUCUGGGUUUGUCCACCAUGUUUGGCACCAUGGCUGGAAUACUGACCCCGCUGAUGGACACGUUUAAGACCCUGCGUAACCACAAAUUCCUCUUUACAGCAUGCAGCUGUGUGGUGGGCUUUCUGAUCGGUCUCACGUUCACUCAGCGCUGUGGAAACUACUUUGUGACUAUGUUUGAUGACUAUUCUGCCACACUUCCCCUCAUCAUCGUCGUCAUCUUUCAGACCUUGAGCGUGGCCUGGGUUUAUGGAGCGGACAGGUUUUUGGAGGACCUGAAGCGGAUGUUGGAUCGGCCGGUUCCUGUGGUGUACAAGUACCUGUGGAAAUAUGUGUGUCCGGCUGCUAUGCUGGGGCUCUUAGGUGCCAGUCUGCUAAAGAUGAUCUUGGAGCGUCCCACAUACACCGCCUGGAACAGAGAAAAGGCGUCUAAGGAAAAUCUGCCUUAUCCUGGCUGGGCUCUUGCUGUCCUGAGCACGCUCAUCAUUGUCGCAUUUCUUCCUGUUCCUAUCGGAUUCAUACAUUCCCUCCUCCUGGAACGGCUCGGCCAGUCGCCGGCAGACACUGAGGCGGGAUACGUGCCAUGUGCCACCACAGACAUAGACCUGACCCCUCUCAGCACGUUACCACCUUCAGGAGAUGACCCCAAUUCAUUUUCCCCUUUGCUUUAUGAAAACCAUGACUCUCGUUUGCCGAACGGCCACAUUGAACACUUCGAAUCAAGUAGUGUGUUAUGAGAAGAAACUACGUUAGAGUUUACAAACAUCUCAGAAGGAUCUAUUUAAAUCAAGACCAUUUUAUUAUUGUACUUUGCUGUUGGGAACAAUCAUUUCUGUCUGUGCAUACGGGCACAAAAAUAAUUUUGGGUGUUCAUCGCAAAAAAGAAAAUUGUCAUCAAUUUCACUCAAAACAUCACAGAUGAUCUUGUGGAGUUAUUUAACCGUUUGUACAGGCUGCUCUUUUCCUUUUAAUGGUAGUUGAAAUCUGUUGAGCCCUGAAAUUAAUUUUGCAUUAUAUUCCAAGCCUUUGUGAAAGUCUUGGCUUCUCAAAUCUCAGUUUUACAUCUCCGUUUAAACCUGUUACAUGUGAAAACUCUUUAUAUGCGGCUGAUGACAGUUUCCUUUUUCCAGUGAACUGUGGCUUUAAGUACAGCAUAAUAAUGGUACCGCUGAGCCGUACCUGCAUUUGGUGGGUCCAGGUGAACGCUGAACAACAAAGCAACACUAUAGUUACCCGUUACAACGGUCGAAUCAUUUGGUAACUGAUGGCUCUGCUGCUUUAGUUAUCUGACGAGGUUAUUUUUUGCAUAAAGGUGUUGAUGGGUUUGACUCAUCGGUGUUACGCCUGUUUCACACUGCAAGCGUGAGCUUCGCGUCAGUGUAACUACAGCAUCACUGCAGACUCGCCAGCGGAUUCACACUGGAAGCGUUCGUACAGCGUCACAGCAGCGGCUCCAAAGCUACACAUUUCUUCACAAAGACAACUAAAUUUGUUUUUAGAGGUUGGUCAGUUAAAACUUGAAAGUUUUGAAAUUUUAUCGUGGGGAUUCGCAUGUAAAUGGUAAACAACAAAAACGGCUCCGAUCAUGUCGUUUCAAUCAUACUUCGAAAUAGAACGUGCUGUUUAAUGUUUUUUUUAGAUAUUACACCAUACUUUAACCCAACCUGAAUAAUUAAAAACAAGUUUAAAUGGGUAAAUCUUCUUAAUUUUCUUUUGACAUACUACAAUUCUUGUUAAAACACACUAGAUAUACUUAUUAUGUGCUUUUUUUUUUUUUAACACUAUAUGUGAAAUCAUAUUUAUUUUGUUCACUUGAAUUGAGCGUGAGCUGCUCCCCUGACGCUCCUGCUCCCAGUGUGAAUGCACUCAUUUGUUAACAUGCACGCCCAGAAAAUAUGCACUGCUCACGCUUGCGGUGUGAAACCGGCCUUAUUUGAACUCUACAAUUCUACAAGGUCAUUAAUAAUGAGUUUUCUGACUUCUAUAGCAUCAGAGGGUUAAUGUUGGUCCAUUCUGAUGUGUUCUGUGUUUAGUGUCAUUAUUUAAGUGAGUGUAAAGUGGUACAUUGUGUGUUCAAAAGACCAUUUGAAUAAUUAAAUCGCUCAUAACUGAGACCUGGACAAAUCCAGAGUCUUACAACAUGGAAAACUGUGUGCUUUUCCAAGCAGAAAUGUGUCGCUCAUAUUUCAUCUUAAUGGUCUUAAAAAUAGACUUAUUUGUUUUUGCAAAAUAUGACUGACAUUUCUUUGUGAGGAAAAAAUGCUAUUGGAAUUUUAAAACAUUUUAUUUAUUUUUGUAACCUUCUGUUUUCUUUUUUUUUUUUUUUUUAAGCACUAACUACAGCCAUCAUAAAACUUUCAAAUUUGCUUCCAGUCAUAGUUUGUAUGUGACGUGAUUUUCUUAUGAAGUAUUUAAUACAGCAUUUUCGGAACAAUUUUAUAGAUUUUUCUGUUAAUUUUAUAUUGUACAGAAAUAUUAGUUGUUUUUAUUUGUAAAAUAUCCCCUCUUUUUAUUUUUCCAAACACUGUCUCGGACAUGUUUCUAAAAGCGAACAUCUGACCAGCAGGCCAGACAUUUUAUGACUUAUAGUCAUUGUGAAGUAACGUUAUCUUUGCCUCUCACAGGGGUUUGAUGAGUCUUCUGUGUUUGUUCAGUAGAUUGAACUCUCUGUAAGUAGUUUGUUCUGGUCAGAAAUAUGUAUAUAUAUGAUGAAAUGGUGUUAUUUAAUUCUAUUCCUCAUGUAGUAUACUUGAGAAAUCUCUUAUCUUAAUUUUAUUGUCUUGCUACAGUAUGGUUUCAGUAUUUCCUCCUUUUGCUUUGUCAAAGUCAGAAACUUGAUUCUAAAGUCUUCGGUUUGUGUGAAUGCUUGUUUGAUGCUCAUGCUGUGCGGACCGGACAAACAGACAUUUUGUACAGUUUGCCUCAUGAUGAUCUUGUUUCUGUAUAAAUUGUUAUUUGACUUGACUUGUGACUUUUGUUUUCUUUUUCUGUAUAAAGGUAAAUCUCUUGU